GGGAACCUCACUCCCAUACUCUCUCUACUCCAUGUCAUCACCUUCUUCUAUCCCCAAACCCUAACCCUACACUCUCCAUUCACUUCCAUUUCCACUCUCACACCCUCUCCCAUGGAUCUCAAGUUCCACAGAUCCCCCAUCUUACACGACCCUGCAUUCGCAAAGCGGGUCUUCUUCCGUGUCUUCUUAUUCGCUUCCGCCAUCUCCCUCAUUCCCAUCCUCCACAUUCUCACUUCUUACGAUUUCAAAUCCUUCCAUUUACCCAAAUCCCCACCCUGUCACGCCUCCCCUCACUCCACCCCCGAUCAUCUCCCCCGUGGCUCCUACCUCUUUCAGGGCCACUUCCUUAACCCCGUUUGGGAUUCUUUCGAUUCUCUCCAUUGCCAGCACACUGUGAAUCUCACCAUCUCCCUCAUCAAACUUCUUGUCCACGAAAAGCAUCUCUUCAACCACAGCGCUAGAGCUCUCUUCGUCGGAGGAAGUUCUUCCUCCGCCGCUUCGGUGCUCCACGAUUUGGGAUUUUCCAGGGCUGUUGGGGUUGAUAAAGGUCGGUUUAUAUCGCUGAAACGGAUGGAAGUUGGGUAUAAACUUGAUUAUCCAAAUAGUUCGUUUGAUUUUGUUUUGUUCAAGGGGAAGUUGAAGGUCUCUGUUCCUGAUUUGGUUGUGGGUGAACUUGAACGGAUUCUCGACGGCGGUGGAAUUGGGGCGGUGGUUACCGGAAUUAGUAGUCCAAUAUCGAUUGGGUUGGGGGGAAGAGUGAGGAAAUUACUGAAAUCCUCAUGUGUUGUAUAUUCGGGGAAUGUUGAGAAGUUGUAUGUGAGUGUAUUUAAGAAGAAAUCGUUUGAUGAUGAUGUUCCAAUUAAUUGUUCCAGUUAAUUAGGUAAGAUUAACUUCAAGAAAAUUAGAUAAACCAUGUGGUCUCAUGAAUGUGGGUUGUUUGUAGGACUUGAUCUGUAUAUACACUUACAACUACAAUUAUUGAUGAACACUACAAUUUGUUGCAUUUCUAUCUA